GCAGAGCUUUCGAAAGUUGGUGACAUCAAACUCACCGACGUUUGGUAGUGAUCUCCCUUACACUGACGUAAUGAACGUCGUUUGCAGUCUUGAAUAAAACCGACGAUCAUCCUACAGUUUCAAAGCUUUCACUUGAUCCUAUUGUGUACUCUGGACAAUGGCUCAUUUUCAUUUCGAAAAGUCUGUGACCGAUCUCAUUCGCAUGGAUGGGCCUCUUCAAAAUGCGCCUCUUCCAAGGUGGCAGCGUAAAGCCCAAGAGACUCUUCUGCGAAUUCAUCCCUCAGAUAAUGGCAUUUCUUCACCAGCCAGAUCUAGAUCAGCAUCUUGGACACCUAGCAGGUUAACAAAAACACCUGGACAGACAAAGUCACCAGGCAAGACAUGUGCUACACCUGGAAGUAUCAAAAAGGCUAAAACACCAAAAGUCACACCUGGUAAACAACUUGGAUAUAAAACUCCAAGUAAAAGGUUAGCUGUGACGCCUGGCAAACAGCAAGACAGAUUUAUUCCCAACAGAGUUACCACAGACCAAGAGAUGAGUCACUUUGCAUUGCUUAAUGUUCGAGAGCAAGAGGAAGAAGAAGAAGUAUGCUCCAACAACAGUAACAGCAAUAUCAGCAUUAAGGGACAGUACCAGCAACAGCUGACUGAAGCCCUCCUUCCACACCAUGCUGGCACUGAUGCCAAGAUUCUUAGCUUCAAAAAUAAACUUGACGCAAAUAUGCCUCGAAGCCUUCAUGUAUUAUAUACCACAGGAAAGAAACCUGUAGACAAGUCCAACGCUGGGCGCUACAUUCCAAACAAGCCUGAACAUGUCUUGGAUGCACCAGAUAUCCUUGAUGAUUACUACCUUCACACACUUAAUUGGUCAAGUACCAAUAUUGUGGCUGCAGCACUUGGUUCAGAGGUCUACCUUUGGAAUGCAAAUAACUCAAGUAUCACUUUACUGAUGACUGCUGAACAGGAACAGUAUGUUUCGGGAAUUUCGUGGAUUACAGAUGGAUCCAUCCUGGGUGUGGGCUUGUCUGGUGGCAGCGUGCAGCUAUGGGAUGUAAAUAAGGUGAAGCUGGUGAGGACAAUGACAGGACACUCUGCUAGGGUGGGAUGCCUGGACUGGAAUGCUCAUAUUCUUACUAGUGGUUCUCGUUCAGGUGCCAUUCACCAUCAUGAUGUACGAGUAGCUGAGCACCAUGUGGCUUCUUUGCUGAGCCACACACAGGAGGUCUGUGGUCUUAAAUGGUCACCGGAUGGCCGCUACUUGGCCAGUGGGGGCAAUGAUAAUACCGUCAACAUCUGGGACACCGCACUAGACACAGCUGUGUUACCUCUCCAUCAUUUUACAGAACAUCAAGCCGCUGUCAAGGCUGUAUCCUGGUGCCCUUGGCAGGCCACCCUUCUAGCAACAGGAGGUGGUACCAGCGACCGUUACAUACGAUUCUGGAAUGUGGUCACGGGAUCAUGUGUCAAGGCUGUUGAUACAGAGUCUCAAGUAUGCUCUGUGCUGUGGUCCAAGGAGUACCGAGAAUUGAUCUCAGGCCAUGGCUACUCUAUGAAUCAACUUAGCAUUUGGAAAUAUCCUCAUAUGACAAAGGUUAUAGACCUAACAGGUCACUCAGCUAGAAUUCUGGACUUGUGCAUGUCACCAGAUGGUCAGACUGUCGCGAGCAUUGCUGCCGAUGAGACCAUUCGGUUGUGGAAAUGUUUUGCUGUUGACAAAAAUGAAAAGAAACCCAAAGUAAUCGCAAAAUCUACAACUACUGCUGGCUUACACAUGUGCAUUCGAUGAUCAUCCUGGACAUUAUAAUGCUACUUAGUUUUUAUGUACAUGAAGUCUACUAAAAACCUGCUGGUGUCACUGAGAAGAUAUGUUGUGACAGUCUUUGUGGAUGAGGCUUUGGAGUUCUUUUAGUGCAUUUUCUUAGACACUUUUUUAUUUUUGCAAAAUCCCCAGCAAAUUAUAGCCCGUCAUCAGUUCACCAUUAAUAUGCUUGUUUUCUCGAUAAUUGUGGAAAGUGUCGCUAACUGAAUUAAAUGAAAUACCUUGUGAAAUGAAUAAGAUUUAACAGUUUUGUAGAUAUCAUCUUGUAUGCUUGUUUAAAAUCAAAUUGUCAUUUUUUGGACUCAAAAUGCAUUAACUCAUCUAUGUAACUUUGAUAAUGCUUUUAUGACUAGUUGCAAAACACAAUCUGUAUCUCUAAUUGGAGCAAUGUUAUUUCCAUCUUGACAAUGAUGCCAAAGAACAUUUUUUCUUCGCAUUCAGUAUUUUGCCAAAGUCGUGAUUUUUUUCACCAAUGCAGAUCUGAGUCGUUAUACCUGUCUCUGUGCAGAUGCAAUGUUUAUUCUUAAGCAAUACAGUAUUACGAGUGACCUCCAAAUCAUGAAAUCAUGUGUUACCAUUUUUACAUUCUUCUUAAUUUUAUUUAUUAUUUUUUUUGUUUUGAGAAAUAAAGUUGGUGUGGAA